AUGUCGGUGCAGCCUCGCACGGGAAUCAAGGUCAAAGAACGUCCCAGCUCGGCUAUAUUCAUUGGCGGCGCCGUAGGAUCCCCGGCUGCCCAGUCAUUCUCCACCCCUCCUCAUCUCCCCGACCUCCCUGAGCCGCCGAGCCCCAUUUCCAGCAUAUCUUCGCGCGACUCCGGCCUUCCGUCUCCCCCCGCCACCAACUCUACUGGAAGCGGCAGUACCGGCGACUCGGCGAGCAUCGCAAUCCGCGGAAGGCGUGCCGGCAGCGUCACAGGCAGCGGCGGCGGUGAGAGCAGCGAGAGUGAUGGGGGCGAUCGCCGAAUGCUCAGUGGGAGUAACAUGCGUGCCUUCCAUGCGGCAUUUGCCAAGACGAGUUCACGGGCAACGAACCAUGAACCUGACGAUUACGACAACAACCACGACUAUGACCGCAAUGGCACCAGCAACUUCAAUUUCGACGACGAAGAAGACAAUACCGCGCGUCUCGAUAGGAGAACCAGCAAUCGCAAGUCGAGCGAAAAUGUCAGUAUGCUGCUGCGCAUGAAGAGCUUGAACGAGCGCAAUCAAAGGCGUGCGUGCCAAUACGCCUGGGCGUAUGGGUCCGCCUCCCGUACCCCUUAA